AAAAGAGCAGUGCAAAAACGUGCGUGAGAACCUCUGCGCGGGGAAUAAAGAUUUCAACUCCCAAGCAAAGGACGACACAGCUCAGGCAAAAAUGAAAGGUAUUCCAUCAAGUUGGCAAGUAUGCAAAAGGUUAUCUCCCGGGUCUGAGCCCUCAUUUUGCCAGCAUGCCAGGUUAGCAGCGUUUCAAGAACACGGUUAUUUGGCUUUGCUUCAACCGCUCACCUUUGUAUUGUGCUAUAAAUGGCGGAACCAAGUCAGAAACAUUAAUCCUGGCUUGAGUUAUUUGGUUGUUAGGAGUAGGCCUGUCUUUGGUAAAUGCGGGCAAAAAGCACUCUAAAAAAAUACGAAAACAGGAUUUUUAAACUAACCUACCACUCCGACACCGUACAAGUAGCGUGCUGUUACACCGUGUCACUGCUCGUUAAAAUAGCUUCCUGCUCCAUGCAAGAACUAUUCAGGCUUUUCAGGCGUGCAGAGACCAGUGGCUGCUCAGGAAGCCCCGAAACCCAAAGCUGGGCACUGGAGAACCCAAUCCAGGCCCUCCAGAGUCUGCCCCAGCCCUUCUUGUUAGGGCUGCCCCACUGCACUUCAGGUGAAGACACGCUCCAAGGAGGUGACUGCUUUCCUGGGGAAUUACAAGGUGCGAUCCACACGAUGCUGGCAGGGGAAGGUUAGGCACUGUAGCUGCUGCUGGGGAAGCAUACCCCCUUUCUUAUCUCCCCUGCCCCAUUGCAGCCAGGAGGUCCAACAGGAGGGGUGAGAUAAUGUCCUGUGGGCCUGAGCAGCAAAGGACCUGCCAGGCAGGGCUUUUUCUUUAAAAAAAAAAGAAAAAGAAAAAAAAAAAAAAAACCAUCACUGCCCUUUUUUGCAGGUGCUAUCUUUAACGGACACAGAACAACAGCAUCGAUGCAAAAGAAGCCAAACGGGCCCCACCCCGAGCAGAACCGCGGGUUUCACCCCAGGGCCGGGGCAGCCCCGCAGGACUCGAGGCCGCGAGCAGCAGAGGUUGGAUGGGCUUUUUUGGGCUCUCUGUCAGCUCUGCCCCGAGCGCUGUGACUCCACAGGAAGGCCUCACCCACGGGAGGAUAUUCAGACGUUUUUAUACCAAUGAGGAAUUUCUGGGGGUUACUUUCUGCCCGGCACACAAAUAAAUACCCAGAGCACCACGUCCUGCUGCGUGCACCGCAGCCCCCUCCUGCCACAGGCAGCCGGAGCAGCCCUGAGCACCGGGCUUUGUUUAGAGGCCUGGAGGAGGAAGAGGAUGCUGCUGUUUGCAAAGAGGACGGGAUAAAAGGAAGUUUGCAGAAAAGGGUGUAUGUAGAAACAUGAAGCAACUAUUCAGUUCGCACCAAGGACAGUUAAUAUGCAAAUAUUUAAUUUUCUUAAUUUUUUGUUAUUACUGUAGUGCUGCUGCACAGAGGAGAAUCCUGUGUAGUUUUACAGCUCCAAAUAACAUCCCUAGAUUUCUAAUUAAAUCCCAAGCGCUGAAGUCAAUAGGGAAGUCAGCCCAAAGCAACACGAGAGCACAAGUGAUUCAUUGAGAGUAGGAGGAUCAGAGUUAGACAGGAAAUACGUUUUCCAAGACUCUACAAUUUUCCUAGAAGAAUUAUGAUAGGGAAUGGCUACACAAAAGUCUCCCAGCAGAAUUUUAGGCUGGUUAGAAGAAACCAAGGAACGAGUCAGAUGCUCCAGCUCCCACGUACAUCUAUUCCACUGAAAGGCGAAACAAACCAAAAAAAAAAAUAUUGAAAUUUAGAUGGCAGGAAAGCUGAUUAAAGGCAAAUAUGCCUAUCUUCCUGCUCUAACAGUAUUUAAGUAUCAGGGUCCUCCAGCGAGAUCAGCUCAGGGGCAGACACACUCAGCUGUCUCAAACAUCUGCUUCACACACACACAGAGCUCCCACCAGAAAAAAAAAAAAAAAAAAGGAAAAAAUUUUAAAAACGAAAUAAAAGAAGCCCCACCCCGGAGCCAAGCCUCCCAGCAGCACAUCUGCGCCUAUCUGCCCCCGUCCUCGCCCCGUUAUCUGCGGGGGCAGCGCGGGGCCAGCGCCCACCUCCUGGGGGGGGGCGGGGAGGGGGGCUCGAGGAGCGGCUCCCCUCCAUCCCCACGGCCCCGUGCAAAGGCCCGAGAAGGAAAUUUGUGACAGCACGGUGGCAGAAAAGGCAACUGGCUUCUACUUCUAGGUUGCUCCUUUUAGGGCAGGACCGCUGUUUCCUUUCUGCCCCUCAGGAUCUCCGGUUCUGACACAGAAGCGCACCGCUCUCUUCCUUGCUGUGCCCAGAACCGAGACACCAGGCACGAGUUCAGCCAAAGCAGCUCCACGGGGAAGCUCCCAUGGAAUAAAACUGGUUUGCGAGAGGUCGACGGCUCGCUCGCAUCCAAGGGCUCCAUCAGGGAACGGCAGCGUGGGCUGCGAGCGCUCCAGCAGCGUUAUUUCGGGGCUCGUGGGCCAGAGGUGCCCCAGCACACCGAGUCGCUCCUGACAGCAUGGCACACAGAGCAGAGCUCACGGCAGAACCAAAGUGGCCUUAUAUUUAUUCCAAGGGUCAGGAAUCCUAUGGCAAGCACCCACGUGAGAAUAAGGAUGCACAGCUUCUCCCGACUUCACUGCGACGUGCGCUCCCCGUGCCAUCGCAGCCAGUCCUUCUCCCUGCAGUGACGACUGCCACCAGCUCAGACGGUUUUUGUAAGUAUUAAAGACACCUUCAGCAACUCGCCCAUGUCUCCUUAGGACUCGUUAUUUGGUGACUGAUGAGUAUUUGGCGAUUAACGGGAGCCCGUCAGGCAGUGACAUCCCGUCGGUGAGCGGGCACGGCUCUUGGAGGCCCCUCGGGUUAUCAGCGGGACACUUUUCCAGCUUGCUGGCUGCCAGGCAGCUCUGCCCCCAAACUUUGCCCCCUUCUGAGGAUGCUGGGCCCUAUCUGAGUACAGCCAGGACAGCCUCAACAGAGAAACAAGCAUGGAUGUAACUGGGAGCAUAGGGAGGAGAAGCCAAAAGUGACCUUAGUGAGGCCACAUUCCAUCUGAAACAGCUCACCACCACAGAAGUAUGACACAGGGACUGCAAACCUAUUCCUCCUCCGUAUUCAGACAUCUGCAUAAUUUUAAGGAAAAUCCCGACCCCUGAAUCACUCUCUGAACAUCCACUGAACUUCACAUGAACACCCUGUCAACGCGCAGUACGGCUGUGACUUCCGUACGUGUCUUUCCUCAUAUUCUGUCACCAAAUCCCAGAACAAGCCUCUGCCCGACGCAAGCCAGCGCCCUUUCCGAGUCUUCUCACAAACCGGAGCAAGACAAGCGGUCCUCAGCAGGUCCGAGGCGACGCGGCUGCGUCCCGCUGCAGCCCGUGUAAUGUGGGGUACGGGUGUGCAGAGGGAACCCAGGGCAGCAGCCGACCUCGCGGGGAGAGGCAGGCGGAGGCGCUGGGGUCCUGAUCCGACGCGCGGCAGCUGCACGCGGCCAGCCCCAGCGCUACCUACGCCACAACGCGUAAGCUACUCGGAGCACUAAUGGGAGCGGGCACUAAUUUAGGAGCAAGACGGACCAUACAACCCGUGCUCGUCUUUCCUCUCUCCUCUCCAAAACCGCUAGGUAGCGGGAAAGAGCAGAAGAGCACCACGUCAGAGGCAGCCAGCCACUGCAAAUAACACCGCCACACUCACCUCAGCAGCCAAGGGGGCACCCGCAGGUGUCUAGCAGAAAACCUAAUGCAGGUGCAGCUUGGCUGGGUCCUGCCGUAACAGCCGUGUCUUCAGCAGCACCGGUGGCAAACGAGGCACCGUCACUGCCCUGGGUAGGGACACCCUGCAUUGUCCAGCUGGCAGCGCUGCCUCGGCCUCGCCGCCCUCGCAGGUGCUUCCUGGAUGUCUGCGCCUUUCUGCCGGAGCGUUGCUUUGCGGUUUGCUGGUAUCGGGCCUCAGCACUCAGCGGCAACAGGCGUGCACACGAGGGGAUCGCGGCUUCUUCAGCAGAGCCUUCAGACGGCGAGCCUCGGGCUUCUUGUCCCGUGGUCAUCCUGGUUGCUGUUUCCCGAUGGUCUCGGACGCCUUCAGAUCGUGAUAUCGGGCUGCUGGUAACGCGCUGUGCUGCCAGCUGCGGACUGCAGCAUCCCCUGUGCCUCUCCAGGACUUCCCUGCCAUCACACCGCCUUGCUGCCUGCUCGGUAACCAGGGGCUGUCUCCCAGCGCGGGUACCGCAUUGAGCUGUAUUCCCAACCGCACACAGAGUAUCCUUAAUAGAGCCCCGGUGCGUACUGCGAGGCUCCAGCUUAUUCCUAGGGCAAGCACAGGCAGCCACGUGGAAGCAGCCACUGGAUUUCAUGGGAGCCUCAGCAAGGAGAUCACAGCCCACUGCACAUGUAGGUACGGGGCAGACCCUCCUUCCCCUGCCUGCCUCCUCCACGCUCUGGGAGCGACCGUACUCCUGAGAUAUCACCGCACGCGCGCGGUGGAAUUCAGUUACACACGGACAGCCACCAUGCCGCGCAAGUUAUCGCCUUAACCUUUAGUCUACAUUCCCACAGCAGCACGUAAACCAGAAGAGCCUCCGCUUCAGAAAGCCUGCAGCCCACGGGCUGGGAGAUCCAGGGAAGCGGGACUUGGGUCCUGAACCCAGGUCUGUGGCUGAAGGCUUCGCAGCGUGAUGGAAGGACACAGCUGUGAAUACAACUUUUCAGCAAUAAAAGGCUAAUUUCCAGGUACUGUUCUGCUGGCUUUACAAGCAGGAACAGCGAAGGCUGUAACAUCUCAUUUCCAGCACAAUGGACGGGAUGCUUUUGAAGUGCAAGUUGUGUAUGGUACCUCAAGGACAGGGAUAUCCCACUAUGCAGCAUUUUAACCCAAACAACUGGUAAAGAGGGCGUUAACUCUGUUUUACACUGCUUCCAACCAAAUGAGCUGGGGAACGUUGAGUGAAGUCCUUUGUACUUCUUAACCCAAUGGAAACUUCAUCUGGAGGAGGGCAGAGCUGUGGAAAGCAGGGAGGGAAGAAGAAGGGAAGCCUGCUGUGCCAAGUGGAAGCCAAGUCCAAAGGACUUUUGAAAGCAGAGUUUUGUUUUCUCCCAGUUGUACAAACGUUUCUUCAAGACACUUGGGUUUCUGUCUUUGGGUGUUUUGGUUUUUUGUGUUUUUUUUUUUUUGUCUCAGAAGCGUACGUAGUGUGUGCAAAGCCCUGCAUCGCUCCAUGGUAAAGACCGAGCACGACCUUUGCUGCCUGUUGUAACCAGAGUGCCAAAAACUGGGCUCCUCCUGUGCUUACGCUGUGUUCUGGAUCUGUUCUCACGCAGAGCUGGGGAUCCUCGAGCAGAAACUGAUCUCCUUAGGUUUCUAGUCCACUCGGUGUGUGCCUCAAAGUUCCAGAGAAGCCAACCAUCCAUGGCCACGACGUUCUCAUUUGCUGGGGGCAGAAUGGGUUUGACAAGGCUCAAGACACUGCCCAAGCCUUGCAAGGAGCCCCAUGUUCAUGCGGAGCUGCCCAGGGAUGGCAGGAUGUUUUCCGUGCUCGACUUUUACAAGCUUCUCCCAAAGUUACUUCUGGAAGAAGUUAAACGUUGCAAAAAUUUUCAUGUCAGGUACUACCUGCAAUCAGGUAGUAGAUCAGGCCAAAAAUGCUUGAACAAAAUAUUUCAUUCAGUAGCUUGUGCUAACGGAACUGCUCUGAAGGCUCAAAGAUAUGAUAACUUCUGCUCUCAGAUGGUCACCAAAAGGUAACCAACCUAAAAGACCCGACUUUAUUUUUUAUUUAGAUAAAGACAGCACGUAAACACGCCAUUUGCCAGCUGCAUGGAGGACAGAUCCUCAGCCACCUGAGAGCACCCCGUGGUACCAGCACGCAGCAGAGCCUGGCCACACAAAGCUCAUCUCCUGGUGGAACACGGCGGGAGAUGGAGGAACGCGGAACAACCUCUAACCCAACGUGGAGCACGCCGAUGAAGGCGUACCCGAAUUGCUGCUCGGCCUCCCCAGGCUGGCUGCAGAACCGUGCGCCCCGGCUGUGCCCCCCCCUGCCCCUGGCACGCUGCCUGUGUGCAGGGAGGGAAGGAAGCAGGUGGCAGGGCACCCGCUGCCUCCUGGCGUCCUGCCACCGGGAUUCCCCAUCGGCAGCUCGGGAUCGCCCGGCGGAGACGCUCAGGGUGAGGACUGAGCCACACGUAGAGUAUUUCCUACCAUGAAUUUAACAGGGAAGGGAAAAUUCGAUAGUGUUGGCGUCCUCUGACCCGCCUGCCAACGAACACGUGGCAGAAUGAAACUCACGGGCACCAGCUACAGGUGACAGCAGUAAAGGUUGAUUUUGUUUUUUUUGUUUGUUUUUUUUUCCCCUUUACCAAACCAAUGUUUUACCUUGGAUUUUGAUAUGUCCCCUCAAGGUUUUAUUAUGAGCAGCUGAGAUGCGAUAAAUAGAUUUUACUCACUUGCAGUACGUCUUAAACUCUGAAAGCCACCUAGCCAGCUACCAGGUACCUUGCACAGGCUCUGGUCAACCUGCAAAUCCUGGGGCAGGGAGAAAUGCUGCUCGAAGCAUGGCCACAAAACACAAACCAUCCCCCUUUUGGUACUACACGAUUCACUGACGCUGAGCAGAGCCCUUUCCACUGCAGCCUGGUCCAAUGGCAACCCACUCCAUGUCCAGUUAUCUUGCCUAUUUUGCAUGAGAUCACGUGAAUUUACCGCUGGGCUUCAAAAUUCAUCCAGGGUUUCUCCAAAUGAUGUAACCCCAAACUUUCGUAUUUGAAUUCCUUUCCUGCGUAUCUUUCCCAGGAAUUCCCUCAGAUUUUAGAAAACAAAAGAACUUCCAGUAUCACACCAACACGGUUUAGGUAACUGGCAUUUUUCAACGACAGCAUCAAUAUGCACGGACGUUUUUCGCUAGAAGCAGCAGUGUGCAUCAACAACCACACGAUGAAGAAACUCCGAACAUUUUCUAGAUUACAGUUCUGCAGUUUUCCAACCUUACCCUUCCAGCGCUAAGCUCUGCUGGCAAAGAGUGCCCAUGGGGAUGAGGGGCUGUGCACCAGCCCCAACACCAGAAGCAGCACGCGGCCAUCAACACGGCACCGCACUUGGGACAAGUGACCGGGGAGCAGAGGCUAACAACAGGCCUUGCUCUGGACGAGGGUGCAACCAAGGAACAGCAAAAAAAACAUUUGCCCAGGGACCUAGAACAACCCAGUGACCACACGGGCACCUCUGCGGGCUGCUGGCCCAGCCCUGGCUCUAGCAGUUUGCUGAAUAUUGCUGUACACAAACGCGACGUGAUGCAACAAGAGCAGCUGAAAGCCACCUUUUAAGCUCCUAGGCUGAAGACAGCGCCAUGCUAGGGAUCCCCACCUGAAAGCCGGGCUUCAUUUACGCCUGCUCCCACAAGACUGGGCACAGGAGGACCUCCUCCUGGCCACACCACAGUGCCAGGGCCCCUGCCUCUCCUCUGCCCCAGCAAAAGGGAGGGAGCAGGGCAAGAGCGACGGGGAAACGCGUGCCUUUUCUUUUCAAUGUCUUUGUAACUGAAGCUACUCGCUCUUCAGAGCCAGCAUAAGGCUACUUGCAUAGCUCAGAAAAAUCUGGCUGAAUAGCGAUGCAUUUACUUCUUCUACCCUCUAAUGUUUUAUACACCACAGCCAUAAGCCCUGAGAGCAACUAACACAGCUCCAAUGCCCCUUCACUCUGCUCCUGCCAGAACCCUCCUGCUCCAAGUAAAACACAUAAGCAGCAGAAGGGUUAAGAGUCGUCGCGGUUCUGAACGCACUUUACGCUCGUAUCUAAUUAUGAAGCCUUUCCAGUACUACAAAACUUCCAGAGCAGAUAACCUACUGCUGCCUUCCUCAAGGAACAGCCCCCCCAGCCAAGAAACCCCAUGAGUCACAUAAACACACUUCCACACGUUUACAAGGGUCACUAUAGCCAUAUGCAUAAGCAGCACACUAAUUAAUAAAUCAGGAACAGACUUUGGGGACACAGAAAGCUGUUCCGUUCAAAAGCAAGUCACUAGCUUCCAUUUGGGUUUCUACUGCUAGCAGCAAAACUCUGAAAAGACCCCAAAUAUUUAUUUAGACAGAGGCUCGUAAGUGAUUAAAUUGCUCGAUCUUCACAUUAAAUGCUUUUUAAAUUUAACAGUGGUGCUGGUUUCUUCUUCUUUUUCAAUAGAUAGUGUCACCUAUCAGCUGAGCUCUGCCCCUGGCUGGGGCGGCUGCACGCGGGUCACUGCAGCUCCACGUCUGGGUUUGUUCGAGUGCCUGACAGCACGUCCAGCCGUUAGCCAACGGACCAGGACCAAAAGAGAUGGCAUUGCACCUUCACUUGGAAAAUCCUUCGGCUAGAAGCGAUAAGUACUGAGCUGAACCACUUCGCCUUGUUCAGCCGCGCGUGCUCCACGCUGCCCUCAGAUGAUGUAGGGACACGCAUAAAGAAGGAACGCUGGCUUAAAUUAACACCGGCUUCAAGAGCCGAACAGUUAAUACAGGAAGCAGGCUCUGAAGAUGUCAGCUGCUACAGAAUGCAUUAGCAAAUCAUGCCAGCAAAAGAUAAGCUUUCCCUAGCUCUUUUACGGCUUUGGAGGGAAAGUGUUUGAUAGACCAAGCCAAUGGACAAGUGAGUGCUGCAACAGAGAGGACAACUUUUACUCGGGGCUGUGAAGGCAAACCACUGAGGCUUUUUUUUUUUUUUUUUUUUUUUAAUAUUUCAAAGGUCAUCCUUACAUAUGCAAGGGCUUCCCGACCGAUUCUACCAACUUAGUCAAAAAGUACAGGUGACGUAUUUACUGACUGUUUCGUCUGACUGAUAGCUGAGCAAGAGGCCAGGACCACCUCCUUAGGGCACCAUCCCUACCCCUGCCACGUGUCUCAUUCAUUCAUUCAAGCAUCCACUCGUAUUUUGCAGGUCCAGCUCUUCUCAGGCUUCUCCAGCUCUGCAAUUCCUGUACCUGUAAGGCGGGAGGACAUGGGGGAGGAAGGAGUAAUCCAUGGAAAGAAUGAAGUGGGAAGAACUACUCGACAUCAGCCUUCUGGGCCGUAAACAUUUAAGAAAACCACUAAUAAUUAUACCACCAUUUAAAUGAACAAUUAAAGAUGAAUCACUGGCAUAGAUAAUAUGGUCUUUUAAAUACAGUGGAAAUUAAGGUGAAGCCCUCAAUCCCUGCGUGUAAGUAAUGUUACUUUAAAACUCUCAGAAGUUCUGGGUGUAGGUUUUGAGGAAGGUAUAUCCUAUCCAUUGAUACAUAAUGCACAAAUCCUGCUGCAAGGAUAGUUACGCUUGACUCAGCCACAUCACCUAUACCGUAGGAGGUUUGGACUAAGCAGCUUUUUUUCCCCUCAAGUCAAUCUUGUUUCUUCAGAAGAUGCAUUUCCUGAUGGCUUACAAUACAAUUACAUCCUUUAAAAUCCAGCUAUUUCUCUUCUUAAUUAAUUUUUAUUAAGCCAGUUACAAAAUAAAUAAAAUUUUUAAAAAGUUCCGGAUACAAAGUCAUUUGUAUGGUUCAGGUGUGUAACUGUGACUGCACCUCAGAUAUUGCUGAUAUUACAUGUUAGACAAAAGCUACCUCUUUACUAUAUUUACGCCCUGCUGUCAGCUACCUAAGCGGUUAAGUGAUCGAAGUCUACAAAAAUCCACGAUAACCUGCAGGUGCCGCGUACUUUGUAUGUGCUGAUCCCGUGGCACCCUAGACACUACCAGGCAACCCACUUGUCCCACUUUGUAUCACACCUAGAGUAGAUCCCCUUUCCACCUGUAGGUGGUUCAGCUGGGGGAAGAAUAAGAAUGUAUCUGUACCCAUUUACAGUACCCAAGCUUUUUUAAAAUGCAGGUCUUUAAAGGGAUGUGUAUCACUUUAAACUCUUUACUGUUAUUAUGAGCAUCACACCAAGGAACUAGCUUGGGGAAAGAGCUUUUUAUUUAUAUUCUUCAUAUGCGAGCACACUUUGCAUGGAUGCUUGCACUGUAUUUCCCUUCAGCGUUAAAACCUACAGAUAACCAGUGAGAAAUCAGAAUUCAAAUAAGCUUUAAAGUGCAACAAAGAGUUGGAAGAACUGUAAGAAAUACCCAGUGCUGCAGUCAGUAUUUUAUCACAGUCGCAAUUUUGAGCUGAUAAAGCUCCUUUCAAAAGCAGCAUUCAAUCCUCAGAUUAAAGGAACCGGCAUGGUAGCUCUAAACCACCGGAGUUUUGUGCAUCAUUUCAAAAACGUACCUCUGCAUCCCGCAGCCAAGGAGUCCCCCUCAGUACUGACCUUGUUUUACUGCCUCUGCAUGGUACUGAUCGAGCUACGUACACUGGGAAUGAACAGGAACACCCUCGAGUGUGCCCAGGUGAGCAUCCUCUCUGUGGAGGUCAGUGGUUAUUCCACUCCUGGCUGAUGGUCUGGAGGAAACCCCCCUGAAAAAGUUGUAUCUGGCCAAUUUCUGGCAGGCAGUUACAUGUAACAGGAGACUACAGCGAUAUGAUCAGCAAAGUGCCAAAGGCUAUGGCGAGUGCACUACCGUAAGUGACCAUGUAAUAUAAGGGGUUAAAGAAAUUGAAAUAACCAGGCUGAGAGUAGAUGUGAAAGCUCAAUUGUGGCUGUACAGCACAAAUUUCAUGCGCCCAAACCAGAGGUUUCUCACCCCACAACCAAAUUUCUGAUGCUAUGUAACCCCAGACCUCUCACCAACGAUGAACUCAUCUAAAAGCGAAGUGAGGAAAAAAAACACAACCCAGCAAAAAAAAGAGUCUGAGGAAGAAAUAGCUACUAUACAAUCCACUUUGAGACACUUAUAUUACAUUUUAUUAGCUAACAUGUAACCUUACAGGGUUAUAUGAGUUAACAGCUGAAGUAUUACAUAGUAUUCUACAUGAGGACUGUAUUAGCUAACCCAAGGCAUAAAAUAGUCUGGUAAGAUCAGAAAGAACCCCAACACCUGAUCGACAUCCUCUUACCUAACCUUGAUUUACAAAAAGUUCUGAUCCUGCAAGCUCUGAUAAUGGGUUAAACAGGAGAUGUAUGGCAAAAGUUGAGCACGUAUAGGGCAGAAGCUCCGAAAGAAGUAAAUACACUUCUACUUGUGCAGUUAUUUUCACCAAAAUUUAUAUAUAUUAUAUUUAAAACUUUGAAAAGGAUGAUCUUUCACAGAUCACACAAGAAACACUGUGCAUUUAUCAAAACAAAGACUAACACAAGCAAUUUACAGAACCGUCCUGUUCAUGCCCAAAGACUUAUAGAAAUCCGUAAAUAAAUGACACCUGGCACUAGACCUGCUUCUAAACUCAGUUUCAAACAUUUCAUCUAAAGCAUGAGACGGAUUCAGCUGAGUUAUUUUAACGGGGACUUUAGAGAAACAGACUUCAAACUGCACCCUUAGCUCUCCACAGCGCAGCAGCACGUGCACGCGUCUGUAAUCAAUGCUUUUACAAAACUGAUCGUAAACAGAGCGGCGUUCCCAAACGGCAUCGCCCCCCUGUAGGAAACCAGAAGUAUUUACUCUUGUAAUGGACGUGAUGGACCAACGGACCUUGGGAGGACUGAUGUGCACAACUCAGUGACCGAACUAAAGGCUGACAGGUUAAAAAAACAAAACAAAACAGGUCAACCAAGCACUGUUUUACAACCCACUGGAGGAUGUUUCUCAGCUGCAGGGGAACAGAGAAACACCACCAAACCGGGGCUCUCUCCGCUUGCUUUUGCGUAAGUCCGAACUGAACAAAACCCAGAUGUGUGUUUGGGGGGGCACUGUCCAGAAAGCAUUAAGGAAAAGGAUUAAAUCUUUGGACUGUGGGUCUGCUUAAAAUGGUGAACAAGCCUCCGGCAUCACACGCGUGAGGCAGCGAGAUGCAAAAAGUAAAACCAAAAAUAAUAAUAAUUAAAAAAAAAAGAUAAAAAACCGCCUUAAAAAGAUUUAAAAAUAUAUUAAAAGGGUGGGGGGAAAAAAAAAAAAAAAAAGCAAAGCGGAGACCUACCUUCCCGCCGGGCCCUGCCCAGAAGAAGGCGUUUUCCCGGCUCACGGCCGCAGCGCCCCCCGCCCCAGCGCCCCCCCGGGCGGGCCGUGCGGCCCCCCCCGAGCCCGGGGGGGGGGGGGGGGGUGUCAAAAAAAAAUAACGCUAAAGGGUUCGGGGAAGGCGGCACGGGGGUGAUUUUACCCCUCGGGGCUCGUCCCGCCGCCGCCGCGGCUCGUUGUCAGAGCCCGGCGACAGCGGCGACAAAAUGGCAGGCGCGGCGGCCGCCCGUCAUGUCGGAGCCGCCGCCCGGCCGCCCCCCGCCGCCCUCCGGUCGCUGAGGGGAGAAGCCCGGCCCCGCUCCGCCGCUGCCACCCGGCCCGGCCCGGCCUCGCCGCCUUCCUCCUCCUCCUCCUCCUCCUCAGCGGCGGCGGCUCGGGAGGGGAGGACACAACAUGGCGCCGCGUCCUACUUGCGCUGCGCCGUGGCGCUGCCGACGCCAGGAGCCGCGGCCGGGAGCGGCUCGGCCGGGAAGGGGGGCGCAGGGGGGCCCGGCACCGGCGCGGUUGGGGCGGCGGGGGGCGGGCGGCUCCCCCCCCCGGCCCCCCAACAAAGAGCCCCGAGGGCCGGGCAGGGCCGCACCUCGCCGGGGCCGGCGGCGUGUGCCGCUACGGCGGGCGGGCGGGCGGGCGCCCUCCUCCUCCUCCUCCUCCUCCCGCCGCCGCUCGCCCAGGACUUUUUAAAGUUUAAAGAGCAGGUUACAUAAAUCUGCCCGCCUUUGUCCCCUCAGACGUCGCGCUGGCCACCGAAAAGCCGCGGGGCCGCGUUCCAGCCGCCUGCCUCCGCCCUCCCCCGGGCGCCUCCCGGAGAGCAUCUGGAGAGAGGGAGAGAGAGAGAAAGGGCGCGUUCAUGAGGACUACAAAGUUACAAAUAUGGCUCCCCAGUCUCUCCUGCCUGAUCACUGCACAGAAACGAAGACGCACUUUAAACUAAAACCAUUCGCAACUCACUCGCAGCCUCUGCCUGCUCUCCCUGCCCAGCACCCAGUACAAAUAUUUGCGAACUAAACACGCCGGAGAGGAGCACCAACUUAUUUUUAUUUCAUGCACCGCGAGCCCCCGUUAAUGCGUCUCACGCCGGCGGGGCGAGGAGCAGCCCCGCAGGUCCCCGUGUCCGUGUCGUCCCCCCCCCCCCCAUAAAGCACAAGGCGGGCGACCCCCGGGCCCCCCCCCCGAACCGGGCACGGCCACGCACAGGGUGUAGGAUGGAAACUCAUAUAUACAUAACUACCUACGUCGUCUGUGGAUGAGCUGGAAUGGAUGCACUGGACAGCUAAGCGCAAAUUCUGCGGGAGUGUGAGCUGGCAGAAAGGCCAAGGUGGAUCCAGCUUCAGGUGGGAGCAAAGGUGGCCCCUGGGCUGAGGCUUCACAAAGGAAGGUCUGAUCUGGAGCUUGGUUUAAAGGCACAGGUGAAGAUCUUUGGAAAAGAACUUUCAUCAUGGAAACAGUGCCUAUAAGUAUUAACUAAAUCUUUAUCGUGGGGGGGGAAAAAUGAGUUUGAGAGUCAAGAGAUGAUUCUUUUUUUUUUUCCUUUUACUUCCUGGCAAGUAAAAAUGUUUUCUUUAUAAACUGCCCCCCUCCAACGUAUCAGGGGAGACUUAUUCAAAGUUCAAAACCAAAGAGAUGUUUACAGCUGUUGUUUUUUCCCCCUCUGCCCCGCGCAUGCAUACCUUGCUUGUAUUGCAUAGGUUUUAAGUCUUGAAAACUGCUGGAAGAACUAAAAAUGCAUGGGAAAUAUUCCAAAGGUCAAAUAUCAAAGUGUUCUCUUACAGUGGUACAUGUGUUGUAACUAAUAUCUUUGCAGAGCAUAGAUUUUAUUUUCUUAAAAACAAACAGUUUUAAUGCCCGGUCAAUUUGGGGUUUUUGCUUCUGGGAUAUGAGGAAAAAGUAAAUCUGCUUCAAAAUUGUUAUGAUUGUGCCAUAAGGAUUCAGUUUUGUUCUCUCUGUAAUAGAGGAAGAAUGUGUUACAUCUUGAUGAAGCAAUGCUAAGUCUUACUUGGGGAAUUCUUAUUGUCUGUUUCUAUGAAUAAAGCAAUCAACUCUAUCUGUUCUAGAUGCCGUUGAUUAGAAAUACUGCCUACUGACAAAAUGUGUGAAAUCCUGUCUUGUCAGAGUCCUUGUCAGAGCUGAGCAGCAAAAGUGAUCUGAGCUCUGUUUACGAUGGUGGGAAAUUAGUCUUGAGGAUCCCUGGUCAGUCUCCUGUUGGAAGAUGAAAAUAUUCUCUGUUCUUAUCUGUAUCUUCUGGCUUUUAAAGUUUGGGUACAAAAAAGUUAGUAUUUUGACGAAUCACCAUAAUCGUUACAGUUAAUAUUUGAUAAUAUUUGUCUGUGGUUCACGUGUUUUUCCAACUCCUUCGUGGCUCAAAGUAAUGUGUUGUUAAUUAUAUGACCAGCAAAUUCUAAAUACAGGUUUACACGUAAAAGCUGAUCACGUGUCAGAAUCCUGGGACAAAAUCUAAAAUGCUAAAGAUGUUUACUCUAGGAGAAGCUGUUCAGUUGUUGCUGAGCCUGAGUUAAGUCUUCGUGAACUUCUGUAUGAUUAUCUUCUAGGUAUUUUCUGAUCUAGCAUUAAAAACUCUCUAGUGUAACUAGAUUUGUCCAGUUAGGCGAUUUCAUCCAGAUUUUCUGUUUGCUGUGGAUGGUUUCCCCCUCCCCUUUUUUUUUUAAAGCAUGAAAUACCGUUAUAUCCAUCCUAUUUUAACAAAAGUUUUGUAUGAAGGGCUACUGUACAUUAAGUGUAUGCAUUACGCAGAACCCAGAAGGAUUUCCCAUGUCUGUAAUAUCGUUGGGUAGUUGAGCAUUUGCUAAAAUGAGCUGCUGAUUGUUCUUUUGCCUCUUAUAAUACUCCUUUGUAUAUCUGCUGGUAUCUUGUUUGUUCCUGUUGCAUCUACACAAUACAUUCCUUCAUGCUUUGUGUAACAUCUUCAGUCCUUUUUUUGUACGUAGAUACAGCAACGUGAAAGAGAAAAUUCUGUUCUUAAAUUCUCCCUCUUCCUGCCCCUAUUUCUCCGCCCCCAACCCCUCCAGUGUAGCUGGAAAGUGGGUCAUUAAGGGGAAUUGAGAGCAAUAUUGAUCACCGGUAUCCGGAGUUCUGGGGUAAAGGGACAAAAGUGAGCAUAGGGAAACGAUACGUGUGUUCUGACAACAUAAAUUUAUGCUUUGAGACUCUUUAAAUCAAUAUGGGAGUGCUAUAGGUAGGAAAAUAAAUGAAGACCUCAAGUUGUUGGCUAAAAAAGCACCAAAGCUUGCUGCCAUUGUAAGAGGCUUGGAUGUUGGUGUUGAGCCUUUUGUCUCUUGGUUGUUUGAAUUUCUCCUAACAGCGGUUAGCAACGUGCAAGCAGAGCGCUCAAGUCUAAACCAGAAGGGUUUUUGUCUAAUAUUAUUUGCUCUCUUUUUUUUUUUUUAAUGUAAUCAGUCUUUUGAGUUAGGCAAGUUCAAAACAAUAUAUCCUUCAGUGCUGACUGCUGGGACUGUUGUAUAACUCCUCUGGCAUAUGAGUGAUUCCCAUUGAUUUCUGCGCUAAUUGUUUGCAAAUGUUACAUUUUUUUUGUCACAAUAUUCUGUUUUCUAGCAAUCUUUCAAGUAAGAGAUAAGAACUGAAGAAAGGUAAUUUAAAGCCAAGUAUUUAAUAGGAAGUAGUUGUUUUAAGUUACCAGAUUGAGAAGAGAUGAGUACUUGUUGCAUCUCAAAACUGGCUUCGUUCCCCUCGCUCCCUGAGUUUAGCGUAGACUGUUCCCUCUCAUUUUGUUUGCACAAUAUCAGGCAUACCAGUGGAGCCUAGAAAUUCAUAAUGUUUAGCAGGACGAGGAAAGAAAUCAAGUUUCACACACUUUUGCUGAUUUACAGUCAUAGGCAGAUCAAUAUAUACCCAUAAACCUUCCGUAACUUGUACGCCAUUUUUUAGAACAGUUUUCUGCAGGUCUUUCUGCAACCAUUUUUUCUCCAGUUUCUGGCUGCCAAAUAUGUUUUUUCAUUUAUUGUCAAAGCCAGUUGUUGGGCUUGUGCUAAUAGGGGAGGGUUUAGAUGAGUUUCACAGGUGCAUUUAGCAGCAGGUACAUCGCAUAUUUUCUCUUUUUGUGGAAAGAACGCUUAAUGAAUACUCUUAAGUUUAUCCUUCAGUGUUCAACAGGUGAUCAAGCUAUUUAUUCCUCGUGUAAACUGGUGUAUUUCUCUGCGUUUCUUUUCUGAAGCAUUAAGCAUUUUAUUCUGCAGGUAGGCUGACAUCAUUACAAAUAUGAGCUUUAUGUCUUUGAUACUUCGUAUUACUGCAAGAAAGAUUCCUGUACGGAGCUUAACAAAUGUUGUUCAGUUUGCGAAGAGCAAUGGUUCCAAUUUUUGUAUACUUAUUACUUGUUUUGUACAUAAAUGUUCAGCCAUUCCAAUUGCUGUUGGUCUUCCUUUUCCAAGCUGUCUGGCCAUAACCAACUUCAAAAGUCUUGUAAAAUCUCAUGAGUUAGACAUUUAUAAGCUAAAAAUAUUAGACUUUCAGGAUAAUUUGGGAGGGAAAGAUGUGUAUAAUAUGAAGAUGUAGCAUAGCUUUGUAGUCGAAUGAGUAGGCCGUGCAGCUUCCCUGGGUCAUUUGUGGAGAAUCAAAGUGUAAUAACUUCUUAGUUGUGAUGUGAGGGGUUAAAAAUAAAAUCAUUAUAUUUUUAAGCUGUUGUAAAUCUGUGUGUUGGUCAGCAGAGAAGCAAGAAAAGAACUCGAGAGAUUCUCGCACCAUUCCAAUAAAACUCCUUUGCAAAAGUUGGUGAACUUGGCUGUGAUAUGGUAGAAUAAAACACAAAAUCAGGUCGGAAAGAAAAGUGUCACUUUUUGGUACAAAAAAUUCGAGAACGUGAUUAUCAAAAUUCAAAGCUAAAAAUGUGUUAAUGUAUUUUGAAACUAGUGGAAAACCAGGUGAAUGAUGAUGUCAAAAUGAAACAGUAUAAAACAAAGCUCAUUGAAGAGAGCUUGCAGGAGUGAUUUAGCAGUUCCUGAAGAUGACGAGACAUUUGGAGAACUCUGAAAAUACAAAAUUCAGAGAUUCUUGUCAAAGCCUGUAUCCGUGUGUGUUGGGAUAAGAGGAAAGUUUUUGUUCAGCUUUUUUAAAAAAGCAGUUCGAGUUAUUUAGAGCAACAAGAACGUCAUGUCAGGUGUUUAUAAGGCCUGCACACCAAGAGUGUGAAUGCAGUUGAAGGUAAAGGAGUCUUGAUCCACUAGGACUUACCAUAGAUAAGUUCAGGAGCAUUUGACCAGUUCUACUCUAUUCAUGGGGAGGAAAAAAGGAAAUGUACUUGCAGUUUUUAUACUUUGCUGAAUGAUUAGGUUUUGAUUUAGCAGAAGUACCUCAGAAGAACAGUGUCUAUUUUUUUUCUUGCACUCAAAAUUAGAAACACCUACCUAUGAAAUUUGCUGCAGUGGAUGUGAGGGCUUUCAAGUCUGACAGUUUAAGUAGUGAAGAUGAAAGUGAGGACAGUUCUUGGGCAGGGGACUUCAAGAGGAAUGUGAUUCAUGGGACACAGUGACUAGCGUAAUUACCAGUGCAGCUGCCGUAGUAACUUCUGCCAGUACUAAAAAAAACCAAAACCUGUCAUGCCCAGUGCUCUAUUGGUCGUAGUGUAAAUGAUAAAGAUGGGAGCAGCGGCGUAAUGCCUUGUUCCACUUGCCAACUUCAGAUCGCCGCACGCGGAUGGAGCUAUUUCUGCUGGGUUUCAAAUUGGCGUAAAACCUUCACAGGAUUUCCUAAAGUGCUUAGGCUGGGGAAGUCUUUUGGAACUGGAGGUAGUAAGAUUUUCUUUCCUUUUCUGUAAAGAAUAGUGAAAGGGCAGAGAUUCAGAGGGGUUGAAUGAAUCUGAUAAUGGGUAAUACCUGGCAAAUUCAGGCAAGAAAAAACAAAACACUUAAACACUUUUAAUUUCAAUGUUUUCAAUACAUAAGGUUUUAUUUCAGUAAUUAAUUCAUUUGUUUUGAUAUUGUAUUAGGUAGGGCUUUUCAACUUUUCUCUGUAAUAGUACUUUCUUUUAGUUAUUAUUUAAUAUUUGAAAGGUCUGACCUGUAGUUCAAUAUUUGCUUCCAAUUUAGCUGAAUGAAAUAUUUCAGACUUAAUCCAAAAUAGAAUUUGGGGGGAAGAGCUCUUGAAAAGUUUGGAGAGAAGAACGGGAAGGAAUGUUCUGCUAGACCCAGGCUUCCUUUUCAUUUAAAUUUCUAGAUCAAGUGAGGAAAAAGAUGUUACUGGAGAGUGAGGGAAUUCUGUUAUAUUAACCACAGAACAUUUUCUCUCGCUAACACAAGUUGUCAAAACUCACUUCUCCAGCACUAAAAGAAUUUCUUUAAGUGCAAUUUCCAUUUUAAAAUGUUGAAGUGGAUUGCUAAAGGUCAUGGAUCAGUCUAGCAUCAAAGGUGGGUCUAGAAUUCUGGGAUGCUGAUUUUUGUAGUAAGGGCAGUCUGUUUAGGUUGUCUAACCCAAGGUUGCGUUAGCAGAUCAUAAAAUUUCACCUGUGCAGUAUAAAUAAUCAUUGUCCUGUUUAAGAGAACGCUUAGCUUCCUAAUCUGUUCUUAGAGCACAUAGCUGUUCUGAGCAUCAACUAUAAAACAGGUAAACUUCAUGAUUUCAUUCAGUCUUCAUUGUCCUUGUCAAAGAAUUUCUAGAUCUUGUUUUUUUUUCCUGCCUUUAAUUUGCCUAUCAUUCCGUUUUUGUCAUUUCCACCUCCUGUUUCUUAAAAACUUGCCUCCUUCAGCUUGUUUGGCAUUCUUGAGCAAAGGCAUUUGUGGCUUGACUCAAGAAAGAGGUGAAAAGGGAAUCACAAGUUCCUGUACACAAAAUUAUUACACAAAAUUAUCACACGAUUGUUUCUUAAUUCAUGAAAAUGUUCUGGAAAGAUUCCUCACUGUUGUCCUUGUUGACUGAUGGUACCAGUUCUACGGACUUAAAUCCAGGCACAAGGGGAGUCCUACAGUAACGCUGCAGGGCAGAGCUCUGUACAGCAAGAGGAGACCCUUGUACCUAAGCACCUCCUGUCUGCAAGCAGAGUGACGGUAAGUGGUGUAGUUCUGUAUCUUAUACAUCCAGCACGCGUAUGUAUGACCUGGGGUUCAGCCCUAAUAAAGUGACCUUUUUAUGGAAGUUGUAUUGCAUAUGUUCUUUGUCAUAGGUUGCUGUCGGUUUAUGGAGAGUCACAUGGCGGUUGUGAAAAUGCCAUUAAAAAUUCAGAUUCUCAUUUUGUCUGAAGGUUGUGGUUGUUUUUUAUUUCUAACAAUGAAAACACUAAGCCUGAAAAUGGUAGUUUAGACUUUCCCAUGCGUUCUUUGAGUCUUUUUCCAGUAUGGAAAGCAAGGCUAAAACAGACUUUUUAUUUAAUUAAAAUCCCCUUUCAAAGCCUAUGAAGUACGAUUUCUGAUGGUGUAAAAGGAGAUCAGCUCAUCCCAGAGCUGAUUUUGUUUUCCUCCCCGAUUAGGUCUUCGUAGUCCCCAAAGGCAGAUAACAAGUAGACUAGAGUAAUUCAGUUGGAAGGGACCUACAAAGAUACUCAAGUCCAACUGCCUGACCACCUCAGCGCUGGCCAAAAGGUAGAACAUCCUACUGACUUUAAUACAUUGCAGCAUAAUUUCAGGAAUGUGAAACACGUAAAGAUGAUGUUGCAUCCGUACUCUUCUACUGAGGUUCCAGCUGAGGACACGGUCGGUGCUACAGCCCGUGCACCUCAAGCAACCCUCUCUAGGACAGAGGCAGAAAAAGAAGAGGAAACCCUGAAGAACCUCGUGGACGUUCUGCAUCACGUCAUGCGAAACGAUCCCUCGCAGGGCGCGCUGGCUCCGCGUUCAGCAGCGACACCCACUCGUAAUGGUACCGUCGAUGCUCUUUGGUUAAAACUAUACAAGAAGCAUGCUGAGAAGCCGAAAAAAACGGGAAAGGUUGCAAUGACAAGAAAACCUACUCCAUCGACUAUGCCAUCAGUUUUGACGCUCCAGGCUGACCCAGAUUUUUCAGUUGCUUUUUGUGUUUUUGAAUCUGCUCAGCUGACAGCAGCACUGGAAGAGCUGGCCUUCAUAUUGCAAACUGUUGUUCCAAAGGGGAAAGAUAAGAUUCUUGAUCAGUUAAUAAAUGGAUUUAGUGAAAUCUUUAAAGAAUGUUUUAAAAAAAGUGAUGACAAAAAUCACAACUAAGUUUGAAACCAAAACCUACUAGCAAAAUGUUGAAAAAAGUCGCAUUACUGUAAAAAGAUGGAACAUCGAGUUCUAGCCAAAGUCAUCUCGGGAGCGAUUAAAACGUUAUAGAUAGUGGUAGGGAAUGCAUCUGACAGUGUUAAACCCCACAUCUCAAUGGGCAUGUUGAAUUGGCUGGGAUCCAGAGAGCAAAAGCUCAGGCACUAGAAGCAGAGAAUUUGCAAAAACAAUCAUAUAAUUUUUCUAAAACUUCCUCUGCACCUCCCUCUCCAUCUCUCUGUCCACUAGGUCUAGGGGAGAGCUCAGCAGAAACCAGGAAAGUAAGACCUUUGAUUAACCUGCUUUAAGAUUUUAGCUCUCAGUUAAAAACAUAUAUCAAUAAAUUUAAUAAAUAAAUAUAUUGGUAAUUAUAAUGAGAAAAAUAUCCUGGAGGAAAUUACUGAAAAAGUUGCUACUUUGUCUAAGGCUCCAAAAAAAGUGUUUUCAGUGGAAGUCAGAGCACUGCAAGAAAAGAAAAUCUUGAGAAGAUACUAAUUUCUAGACCAGGCUUAUAAGAGCUAUGGAGGAAUUCCAUAUAUAUAUAUAUAUAUAUAUAUAUAUAUAUUUUAAUACUAAUAUCUGGAAUAUUGUCAUAGUCUUUAUAUGAGGUUUUAAAAUAAAAAAAAAAUCAGUCCUCCAAGCCAGAUAUAACUAUUUAUCCCCAUAAUUAAAAGUUAUGAUUUAUAAAUGUUCUGUCUCAUGCCUGUUGUGUGACAAUGAUAAAUUGGAAAUAAAAUACUGAAAUAAAGAGAAAUGCUCAGUGGGCUUUCCCAAAUUUUUGGGUUUCAUAUGUUUGUACAGGAGAUGACCACCAAAGUCAGUCGUAUUUUUAAUAUUUGUCGAUUAUACUUGAUGUUCUACACUAAUGGCAUGAAAAUAAAUUGUCUCCAAUUUCUCCUUUUUUUUUUUUAUUUUUUGGUGCUCAUAUUUUCAUUUCGAUCAUUGGAAAAUACGUUGUUACUUAAAAACAGGACAAUGCAACAUUUACGUUUCCUGCUGCCGGUUGCCAGAUUUUGGAGCCUUACAUUAUUUCUGUUUUCUUACUGUUUGGAUUUUCUUCAAAAUGUCAAAAUUCACCAAAAUACUCAGCGCGCUGAGGAGUGCUGGAUAGAGGCUUGGGCGCUCGGAGCCUCGCGUGGUGCAGCCCUGUGCUGGCAAGGGUCCCAUCGAGCACCUCCUACCGGGGGGGGCAACAUUAUGAAAAAUAAGUGGGGUUGCACAUCCCUCUUACGUAAAUAUUUUGCCAUCACGGAUGUGAGUGAGCUGUGCCUCGUUUUGGGGCGGUUACAUUUGGAGGGGUCGUAGCCUGGGUUUCUGCAGUGCCCUUCGAGCAGCGCCCGCUGCCCCCCGGAGCAGCUGGUGUUUGCUCAGCUGAUGUUCGGUGGUGUUUUGGGGUGAAUAACUUGAUUACUAGCAUUUGAAGAACCAAAUGUGCUCUUUUAUUUUCAGAGUCUUUAGAUGGGGAUCCGUAAGCCAGUUUCAAAGUAGUUCUGAAAUAACGAGGUAAUUAUGGAGAUGUCACAGCCAGAUGCUCCUUAAUGGUUCCGUUGAAAUUUUAUUUUUUAUUUUUUUAAUUUGACAUGAAAAGCUUUACCAGGACUAAAUUAACUUAAACCUUUAAAAGAGUAGGCAUCUCCAUGGUAAAAUCAUUUAGAUCUGAACUCACAGCUAACUGAAGAGCUCUAGAUCUUUGAAUGAAGAAGACUGAAAGCUGUAACAUGUUUGAUUUAAGGCUCCCAGCGCCAUGAGCGCGGGCGAGGACGCGGCGUGGCUGCGGUGGGUGGCGAAGCAAUUCGAGAGCAUCGCCGGGGAGGACAGGCAAAUCGACUUGGAGGAGUUCAAAGCGGCUCUCAAGGUGAAGGAGUCCUUCUUCGCCGAGCGGCUCUUCGCGCUCUUCGACUCGGACGGGAGCGGGACCAUCAGCCUGGAGGAGCUGCUGAGCGCCCUGAGCCUGCUGGUGCACGGCAGCGAGACGGACAAGCUGAGGUUCCUCUUCCAAGUGUACGAUGUAGAUGGCAGCGGCGCCAUCGACCCGGCCGAGCUGCGCCUGGUGCUGCAGGCGUGCCUGCGGGAGAGCGCCGUGUCGCUGCCGCCGCCGCGCCUGGACGACCUGGCCCUGGCGCUCUUCGAGGCCGCCGACAAGGACGGCAGCGGCUCCAUCACCUUCGAGGAGCUGAGGGCGGAGCUGGAGGCUUUCCCGGGGGUGAUGGAGAACCUGACCAUCAGUGCCGCGAGCUGGCUGAAGCCCCCGCCACCCCCAGAGAGGAGCCGCCGGCCGCGCUGCCUGACCGCGGCGUACUGGCACAACCACGGCAGCCAGCUCGCCUUCCUGGGGGGCUACACCAGCCUCAACCUCCUGCUCUUCGCCCUGGCCGCCCUGCGGCACGCCGGCCUCGGCGGGUGGGUGGCGGUGGCCCGGGGCUGCGGGCAGUGCCUGAACUUCAACUGCGCCUUCACCGCGGUGCUGAUGCUGCGGAGGUGCCUGACCUGGCUGCGCGCCACCCCCGUGGCCCAGGUGCUGCCGCUGGACCACAGCGUGGGGCUCCACCAGCUCGUGGGCUACGUGGUGCUGGCGCUGGCUGCCCUCCACACGGGCGCACACGUGGCCAACUUCAGCAGGCUGGCACAGCGGGACGGGCACCGUGCCCUCGCCGAGUUCCUCCUGACGGCGCGUCCCGACGGCGGGGGGCUCGGCGGCACGGCCUCGCAGACCGGGCUGGCGCUGCAGGGGCUGCUGGCCGCCAUGCUCGCCUUCUCCAGCCCCUGCGUCCGCCGUGGCGGGCACUUCGAGGUCUUCUACUGGAGCCACCUCUCCUACGUCUCCGUCUGGGCCCUGCUCGUCCUGCACGCCCCCAACUUCUGGAAGUGGUUCGUGGUGCCCGGGGGCCUCUUCGUGCUGGAGAAGGCGGUGGGCCUGGCCGCGUCCCGUGCCACGGGGCUGCGCAUCGUGGAGGUCAACCUGCUGCCCUCCAAGGUGACGCACCUCGUGGUCCAGCGGCCGCGCUCGUUCCGCUUCAGGCCCGGGGACUACGUCUACCUGAACGUCCCGGCCAUCGCCGCCUACGAGUGGCACCCCUUCACCAUCAGCAGCGCCCCCGAGCAGCAAGACACCAUCUGGCUGCACGUACGGGCGCGGGGGCAGUGGACCAGCCGGCUGCACGAGUACUUCAGGCACCCCGAGGCGCCGCGGCUCAGCGGGAACCUCGGAGAGGCGAGGCGGUGGCGGCGGGCGCAGACACGUCUCUGCACCAGGUCUGGCUCAUCGGGGAGCUCCGUGGCCACCACUGGGGACGAAGCCGUUGAGCUGACAUCGUACAGAACCACCGGGGCACCCGCUGCCCCCCAGGGGAGGAUGGACGAGGACCCAGAUUGGGAUCUGGAUAGUGUUUCCACGGGGCCGGGCGAGAGCCGUCGGCUCUGCAGCAUCAAGUGCUACAUCGACGGCCCCUACGGGACCCCGACGCGCAGGAUCUUCACCUCGGAGCACGCCGUGCUCAUCGGCGCCGGCAUCGGCAUCACCCCCUUCGCCUCCAUCCUGCAGAGCAUCAUGCACAGGUACCGCCUGAGAAAGCAGAGCCACGACUAUAAACAGUGUGAGACCCUGCGGGACGAGGACAUGACACUCAGGAAGGUCGACUUCAUCUGGAUAAACCGGGACCAGAAGCACUUCGAGUGGUUCGUCAGCCUGCUGGCGAAGCUGGAGCUGGAGCAGGCUGAGCAGGAGCCGGGAGGGCGGUUCCUGGAGCUGCACCUCUACAUGACGGCCGCCCUCGGCAAGAGCGACGUGAGGGCCGUGGGGCUGCAGCUGGCCCUGGACCUGCUGGCCGCCAAGGAGCACAAGGACUCCAUCACGGGCCUGCGCACCAGGACGCAGCCCGGCCGCCCCGACUGGAGCAAGGUGUUUCGCAAGGUGGCCGAGGAGAGGAAAGGGAAGGUGCAGGUCUUCUUCUGCGGCUCACCGGCGUUGGCCAAGGUCAUCAAAGCGCACUGCGAGCGCUUCGGCUUCCGCUUCUUCAAGGAAAACUUCUGA